CGUGACCAGGAAGUACUUAGUUAUUAUUGCCAGUUUCACAGCGGUGUGGGUCUUUGUUUAUUAUUCCCGGCAGUUUCUUAUCAAGCAUCGUGAAUAUGGAAGACGAAUGGGAGGAGGAGGAGCAGUUGGUUGUGGUUGAGCUCUCUGGUAUAAUUAACUCAGAUUUUUUGACCAAGUGUCAGGGAACCUGCAAGAUACUGGACAUUGACAGUGAGCAGCCAAUGAUGCAGGUGGGAAGAUACGUGUUUGCGGGAGAGUAUGACGAUGCCUUGGGCACCUGUGUGCUCUUCGAGGAGGGACAGUCGAGUGGGGCAGACCCUGAAGCCAGUCCAGAGCUGAGCUAUAAGUGCCACACCGUUAAGAGACUGAUGAUGCAGAGAACCUUCCUUGCUGAGAAAAAGGAAGGAGACAACAGCUCAGGUUACACACACAGAGACUUUCAGUUUCAGCCACUGAGUGACGGAAUGUCCCCAGCCAGACUGGACUCACUCUCUCACUUCAUCCAGAACCCAAAGAGGACCUCCAAGCCAGCAGGGGGAGCACACACAAUGGGGCAGAAGACCGGGUAGAGGGGUCAGGCAGGACACUGUCAGCAACUCCAUUAAUUAGGUUUUACCUCUUGAUUUGUAAUUAUAUUUUUGUAUUGUGUAUGUUGUUGAAAUAAAUAUGAAGCUUUCUAGA